AUGGCGUCCGAGAGUCUGGAAGAUUCCGAUGACGAGGACCAUACUUCUCCCCAACCAGUACAACGUCCAGCCAAGCGGCGGAAAGUUGUCUCGUCUGACUAUGGCACUGAUGCAGAUUCGACCGGGGAGGGUGACUUCUUUGCUGCUUCUGGUACUUCAGCCCAAGACCUUCACGCGACGGAGAAAAACGACAACGAAGAUGGAGAGAACGCAAAGCCCAAGUCAAAAUACAAGAUUCACAUUCCGAAGAACUCGGAAUUGCCCUCUGACGCCUUCUUUACUCAACCGCCUCAGAGGUCCUCAAGUCCUUAUCGAAUUGACCAGUUCCAUUGGCACAAGCCAAGAAAGCCAUCGCCACCGUCAAUAAAUAUUCAACGAGAAGGCCCCAAGCAACAUACGCCAAGGAACCCGCAUGUCAAUACGAUUUCCACCAGACAAGAUCAAGUUGAAGAGCGUGUACUAUUUCAGCCUCAAGAACGCGAAGAGGCUGAUGACGAUUUCGGCCUGGAUGAGAGCUAUGAGGAUGUACUGGCUUAUUUACCAUCUGACGCAUUCUCCUCACCCAAUGGUCUUUCCAAAGUUGCGUCUAGAGAGCCAAUAUUCAUCUCGUCGCAGCAAGAGUACCCUUCUCAACCUUUGCAAAAUCACAGGCUAGCUGCACCUCUUGCGAAUCUUCGACAAACCACCUUGUUCGGGACCCAGGUUCAAGGAGUCCCGUCUCAAACGCAAUCGUCGAGGAAACACAAUUGGCCAAUGGCAAAUAGAGAGGAAACCCCAACCCACCACAAGUUGGACCGUGAGGCACUGGCUACUUGGGUCUAUCCAAUAAACUUAGGCACUAUUCGCGAUUACCAAUAUAGCAUCGUCGCAAGGGGUUUAUACCACAAUAUGCUCGUCGCUUUACCAACUGGACUUGGCAAGACAUUCAUUGCGGCAACUAUAAUGCUCAAUUGGUUUCGAUGGACCACCGAAUCGCAAAUUGUGUUCGUGGCUCCCACAAAACCUCUCGUUUCUCAGCAAGUCAAAGCCUGCUUCGACAUUGCUGGCAUUCCACGGUCGGCUACGACGAUGCUUACUGGUGGUAUCUCUCCUGGGCUACGCGCAGAGGAAUGGCAGAAUAAGAGAGUUUUCUUCAUGACGCCUCAGACUAUUAUCAAUGACCUAAAAACGGGAAUUUGCGACCCAAAAAGACUUGUGCUUCUUGUCGUCGAUGAAGCUCACCGUGCGACUGGAGGCUAUGCUUACGUUGAAGUCGUCAACUUCCUCAAGCGCUUCAACUCGAGCUUCCGAGUAUUGGCACUAACGGCCACGCCAGGAGCGUCGAUUGAGAAAGUUCAAGAAGUCAUUGAUGGCCUCGGAAUUUCGAGAGUCGAAAUAAGAACCGAGGAAUCCAUCGACAUCCGGCAGUACGUGCACUCGCGUAAGAUCGAGACCAUACUGUUUGAGAAUUCUGAUGAGAUGGUCAUGGUCAUGGAACUGUUCUCUAGGGCUUUACAGCCUGUGCUCGACAAGUUGACCGGAAUGAACGCAUACUGGGCCAGAGACCCAAUGACUUUGACUCCCUUCGGCUGCAAUCAAGCUCGCACUAGAUGGAUGAGCUCUGACGCUGGAAGAAAAGCCAACAUGGGGGUGAAGGGUAUGGUGAACACGAUAUUCUCCCUCCUUGCUAGCCUAUCUCAUGGCACCGAACUGCUCAAGUUUCACGGGAUCGGUCCUUUCUACCAUAAAGUCUUGGCUUUCAGAAAUGAAAUUCACAGCGAUGGAAAGAAAGGUGGCAAAUAUGCCAAACAGAUCAAUGAGGCCGAGCCGUUCCAGACUAUGAUGUCCAGAGUCCAGAUCUGGAUCAACAACCCGGAUUUCAUUGGUCACCCAAAACUGGAAUAUCUACAGAGCGUUGUGAUGAACCACUUUUUGGACGCUGGAGACGGACGAGGAGCUUCAGAUCCUUCAAGUACUCGUGUCAUGGUCUUUUCUCACUAUCGAGACAGCGCAGAAGAGAUCGCUCGGGUCCUCAAGCGCAACGAUCCUAUGAUCAGACCACAUGUCUUCGUAGGACAAGCAAAUUCUAAGGGCUCCGAUGGAAUGGACCAGAAGAAGCAACUGGAUGUCAUCAAAAAGUUCCAGACGGGUAUUUACAACACUCUUGUUGCCACAUCCAUUGGCGAGGAAGGUCUGGACAUUGGUGAGGUAGACCUGAUUGUCUGCUAUGAUGCCUCUGCUUCACCGAUCAGGAUGUUGCAACGAAUGGGACGGACGGGUAGGAAGCGAGCUGGGAACAUCGUUGUAACCUUGAUGAAAGGCAAGGAAGAAGACAACUUCAUUAAAGCUAAGGACAACUACCAAAAGAUGCAGAAGGAAAUCGCUUCAGGCACAAGGUUCAAUUUUCACGACGAAGAGUCGAGACGAAUUGUCCCUCGCGACAUCGUGCCUGUCGUUGAUAAGAAGAUUGUUGAAAUACCUCCUGAGAAUACCCAGGCCGAUCUACCGGAACCUACCAAGAGAGGUAGGAAACCGCCGAAGAGACCUGCUAAGAAAUUCCACAUGCCGGACGGUGUACGUACUGGGUUCGUGAAAGCGUCCCGUAUGGGAGAAGACGAAGACAAAGAGGGUGUGCGGCCUACCAGAGUUCCUGCUAAAAAUGGUCGCCCGAGUGUGCCUUCACCUGAACCACUACCGUCCCUUGAGGAAGUUCUUUUGACUCCAGCCCAAGAAAGAGAGUUCGAGCGCCGAUACUUGGAUAUCAAAGGCGAUGCCCCCCAGAUCGUUGAGGUACCUCGUGUGGAUGCUUUCCCGGAUUUGCAAAGAUCUUUACGCCCAACGAAGCAUCUUGGUCAUGGUCAUGUUACGAAGAGGGCGGUCAGCAUGCUAAAAGCAAUACACAAUAUUUCACCGCACGCACAUGAAUGGUACAAGGAAAAUCUGCAUUCUCAAGAUGAAGAAGUCGGCCGGGUGCAGGCGGAGACACGGGCCUUGCACUUCAGAUCUUCGCCAGCAGAUGAGCCUUCCUCACAAUCAUCAUGCGGAAGUAAACAUUCAAUUUUAGAGACAACACGAAGGAUAUCACCCGCGAAAAGAAGGCAAAAUGCAAUGCCCAGAAAUGCUUCUCUUACCUUAUCUUCGACCAACGAACUAGCAUCUGACGAUAGCCUGAACGAUUUCCUCAAUGACGAUAUGGGCGAAGACAUAGACUUAGAUAUCGCAUCCUCCAAGUCCUCACCGCCGUCAUUGCAGAAGGGCGACAUACAGUUUAAUGAGCCGGGAGAAGUAUUAGUCCACAGCGAUGCGGACUCGGACGAUGGUCUUCCAGAUUUCGGCACGCUGGUUCAAAAGGGCGGGUCUAUAAGGUCAGUGGCACUUUCAAAGCGAUCGAAUGAGCAACUGCGUCACGAAACUUUGCAGCGAAGAGGCAGAAGAAAAGUGGUCCAGGAUGACAGUGAGGACGAAUAA